AUGGACGAAUCGGAUGCGAAUCCCCCAAGUGAGGAAGAGCAGCACACGACGGCUGUGCACACAUGCAGCUAUAGCCUCGCUUCCGCGGCCUCCUCGUACCUUCGGGCCUGCGCCUUGCUCCUCUACCACACCAUCCUUUCGCCUCUACAUGGCGUACGCGGCGCGGACAUGCUCCGGAAAGCCCGAUGCGAGGAUGACCGGACGAUGCGACUCCGGCUUGCCCGCGUACAUAUCACAUCACAGGGAUUCCCUGCUGGGGUUGAUAGGCCAGACCGCAAGACCGUCACACUAGAGCUGAAACCGGGGUCCUUCGAACCACUUGCGGAAUGA